UGAACAUGUGAUAGAGUAAUGCUUAUUAAAAUUAAGAAUAUAUUAGAUAUUUUAAGGAACAUUAACAUACAUUAUUAUUGAAAGCAAAAACUCGUAUUACCGUUUAUGACCUAUUGAGAUGUUCAAUGAAAAAGGUGUCAAGAGUACUCACCUACCAACUUUAGAACAUUCGGCCACGUCAGAGGUCACAGCGGCGUGUUUAUACCUUUUUGGACCAGCGAUCGAUGGUCUCGUCGGUCGUGGAUACGUGGAUCCUUUAAAAAAGCUUGCAUCAUCUGUAUCAACAUGUGUUGCCAUGGUGAUGUUGUUUUCUAGUGUCAUCCAUGUUGCUAUGGUGACCGACCAGAUUGAGAUUCCAAUGAUCAGCAGGAUGACGCCAAGCACUGAUAUCAGAAGAAUAAUCAGCGAAGUGGUACGCCUGCAUUAAUGAUGUAGGUUACAUGUAUAUCUUAUCUCAUACAUGGAAGUACUGGAUAAAGUUAUGAAUUGGCAUUCUGAAUGACCUGUAGCCUAGACCUGUAGCCUAGACCUGUAUUUUCUUCAAUCUACG